AAACGAAAGAGGUUAUUAGGUUCGAAUUGAAAGAUAUAUUCGACAUGAUGGUCAAUUCAAAUGAUUGCUUCUUGAUUGGUGAACAUCGUCAGCGACAACUGCAGUAUUUCAUGAAGCAGCAUUUGUUUCGCACGGUACUAAAUUUGAAUGGCCGGUAACAGUAUAAAAUCUGGUAUCAAUUUGAGUUGCAGUGUUAUAAUCUUGCCCAUUGCAGAAACAUGAAGGAGACCCUUUCGAAUGCCAACUUCCCCCGUGACUCCGAAGGCAGAGUCUACCAUCUUGGCAUCCGCCAUGGCGAAGUCGCAAACAGAAUCCUCACAGUGGGUGACCACGCUAGAGCAAAAGCCAUUGCUAGGUGGCUAGAUACCGAAGACGAAGCUGGUGCUCCAGUUUUCGUCAACCAUAGUCACCGAGGAUUUUUGACCAUAACAGGCCGAUAUAAAGGGAUCCCUGUCACCAUUAUGGCCAUUGGAAUGGGUAAUUGCAUGAUGGAUUUCUUUGUGCGAGAAACAAGAGCGGUUACAACUGGUACGCUAGCCAUCAUCCGAUUUGGAUCUUGCGGUUCUCUUAGUGCCAACGCUCCCGCCGGCACUGUCGUAGUCCCCAGAGGAGGUUACUGUAUCCGCAAGAAUUUAGAAUACUUUGUCAAGGAAGAAAAUCGUCUUUCCAAAGGCCCUGUUGAACCAUACCUAAUUUCUGGAGUUUUUGAUGCAGACAAAGAGAUCUCUCAAAUUUUGGUGCAAGAGCUUGAGACUGCUAUGGCACCCAUCACCGGGAAGCACGGUGUGGGCGGCGUUGUUGCUAAUGGCUUGAACGCUGAUGGCUGCUCUUUCUACUCAUCGCAAGGCAGGAAAGACCCUGCCUUUUGGGACGAUAACGAAAACGUCAUUCAGCAAUCAAUGGAGGCUCACCCUGAUACUGUCUCGUUGGAAAUGGAGACGUCUAUGCUGUUCCAUCUAGCGGAAUGUGCUAGGGAGCCAAAUCCCAUCAGAGCAGCUGGAUGUAUGCAAGUUUUUGCUGAUAGAGUUAGCAAUGGCUUUAUUCACCCAGAUACAGUGGCCAUUCUAGAGCCAACUGUUGGAAAAUCAGUCCUAGAAACUCUUAUCAAAGUGCAAGUUGACAAUGAAAUGUCAGCAGAAGGAACCGUAUGGGAGAAAAAGAAAUGAGUGGAGAUAUAAAAGCAUGUAUGAAGCUGCAAGGGACUGUUAGCGAACAGCCGUAUAGCGUAGAUGCAGUCUGCUUAUUUACCCUCGAAUCUUGCAUAUGUAAUCUCUUGUACCACGAUAGUGUCAAUGGCUUCUGUAUAUCAAUGAAUGAAUAAAAGCAAUUUAAUCAGUGUCAGACAUGAGCCU